CCCGAUUUAUCACGUAUCUUCCACCGCAGAACCAGUCAAACAUUCUCGAAACUAAAAAAUAAAAUCAUAUACUAAAAUUUAGUGAAGAUAUGAAUAACAAUCUUAACAGAAGAAUCAUUUAUUACUUGCUGUAAAAGCAGAGCUCAAGCUACAGUCUAGAUACCAUACUCUCGAGUCUCGACUGUACCCAUUAUAUUUGAUCACUGCAGAAUUCACAUGGUUACUACAUUGUCCAGAGAUAGUUGAGUCUUCACUGUAAAAGAGAAAGCAUGAUGGACUGACUGGGACAAAACAUAAGGGGUCCAUGCGCUUGGAGACUAAACAAGCAUUUUGCCUUCUAGAGAAACAAUCAUAAUCAGAUUAACUUAUAAAACAAACAGAAGUAGAAUACCAGACAUUUGUAAUAUUAUCUACUUCUAGAAUGACUAUCUAAAUAAUACAACCUAAUGGAUGUAUUGUAUGUAUUUGUUGACUUUGUUUUGUAUCCAUUAUUAGUCAAAGUGCUUCUUUGAAGAUUCCUUUCUCCUAUGGUCGAUCUCUUUCAAUAAUGGAAAAAAGAAAUGUCACUUUAUUCAUACAUGUUUAUAUAUUACACAUGCAGACCAACUACUGUCCUUCACCAUAUAAAUACAUUCUCAUAAACCUACUUUCUUCAUAUCAUCCUUUCCUCUAUUCACCUUACUCCUCUUCCAAAAUGAAUAUCAUAGUUGAACACAAUCCUUCGAGCAUAAAGUUAUCUGAGCUUGGAGUUAUGUCAUGGCCUAAAUGGUCUUGUCAGCCUGGGAAAUAUGCAUUGGUGUUUGAAGAAAGAGAGACAUGCUAUUUGGUGAAGGGAAAGGUGAAGGUGUAUCCAAAAGGUUCAUCAUCAGAGUUUGUAGAGUUUGGUGCAGGAGACCUUGUGACCAUCCCCAAGGGACUUAGCUGUACUUGGGAAGUCUCUCUAUUCAUCGAUAAGCACUACAAGUUUGAUCCUCCUACUUCUCUAUAAUGUUUCCUACUUAUGAUCUAUUUCUGGAUUAGUCUUUAUCAUCACAAAGCAAAUAAGCUUCUAUAUCCAGACAGUAAAGUAUAGAAGAGAAACCAAAAAGACAAUGCUUAGAGAAUGUACAAAGCCUUUCCUAGAUUAUGUUCUCAAAUGUGACUUCUUUGGAGCAAUGAUCAAGAAAGAACAAUGAUAUAAUAACACAAGAAAGUACAAAACUCAAGAGCUGUCCUAACAGAAUAAAGAAAAUCAUACAUAAGCUGUGUUGUGAAUUACACUGCGACACACUUUUGAAUGUCAGCAGAGGAAACAGAUUGACUUUGUUCUCGUCGUGUCACGGUCUUCUAGACCUUUGAGGAACCAUCUGACUGCGAGGUGCUCUGAAGCAUAAGUCAUGAACGAAACUAGAACCAUGGCUACUGCUAUCAUCAGACCCAACCU